AGUCUCGCGAGAACUAAAAACUUCUGAAUAAGACAAUCAUGUGUCGAUAGCUACCUUAUGACAAGUACUGCGUGCGUGUUUUUGAAAAGAAGAAAAAGACAGAUUUAUUUUAAAUACGUUGGUUCAAUUUUUAAAUACAAGUUUGUUUGCUUUUUAAAUUGCAACUAUUAGUUGCAUCUCAAGUUAGGUAGUGUAACUUCCGCAUCCGUUAUCUGCGAGCUGGCGGGUAUUUAGUACUCAGUUAACGUUGCCAGAUUUAAAAACAGGUAAUGUUGUUCGGUGUAAAACCGAUGAAACAAUGUACGGAAACCAAUUGUCGCGUCGUUUUUAGUUUUUUUUCGCUGAUGAUCGGCCAUUCGGUUUUUUUGGUUUUGUAACGGAGGAACAGUAAGAACUCUGCCCUUACUUAAUGAAGAACUAUGUCGCUGAUAUCUACGGUUAAAGAAAUUAUUCAGAUUUAUAAGGACGAACAAACCCAGCUCAACGACUCCAUUCAGCUUUAUGUGGACAUCUUAAAUAACCUAACAUGCCAAUCGUUUGAGGAGUCAGAACUUGCAGAAGAUGCUCUCCGAGAUGCUGACUCUUCAUCGAGGGAGAAAGAAGAUAUAGAACUUCUUGAAAAAGCACUGGAAGAAGCUCUACGAGUUCGCACAGGCUCAGACAGUUCUAGAAAAACAUUAAAAUCAAAUGUAUCUCGUAUUCAAAAGGAAAAAGACACAUUUAUGGGUAAAUUGAGUCAAAGUGCUCCUGCUAAAGGAAGUCAAAAUGCAGCCAGAGCUGCCUCUAAACCCUUCAGCUGUGACAAAGAAGAACACAAAAUAUCAGCGUCAACAGUUCGCCCCAAAACAAGUUCAAGAUUUUCAGCAACCGGCACAUCUGGAAAGUCCAAAUCCACCUGUAAAAGAAAAGUAAUCCAAAAUCGCCCUCCUUUAGUCCAGACUGAUCAUCACCAUGCCUUGAGGAAACUGCAGCAGACUGUCUCGGCAUCUGCCACUCCUGAUCAGAUCACCACGCCACUCUCUGAAAACAAGACGGACGGGAGCAACAUGCAGAGCGGAGAUGACCCGAGCAAUGCUGCAUCUGCCUCCAACCUUUCUCUAAAUAAACCACUACGUGGCACUAACAGUUUGCAUAUACAAAAUAGGUUUCUUCAUGAACAAGCGACAAAAUGGCGAGCUUCUCGGAGUAAACACAUCAGAUUGUGGGAGAAGGCCAUUGCCCUGCAAAAUAAACCUGUGCCUGAAAGGAAUCACUUUUUGGAUCGCGUCAGAACUAUGUUUCCCAAGGAUUGGCCGAGUGGUUCUCCAGAUAAGACCAGGGGUCAGCUGGACAGAUUGACUCACAAAGCGUUCGAUCUUGUGCAUUACCAACAGACGGAGGAGAUCUUUGCCAAUCAUACAUCUGAAAUGGACGCAGAGCGGGGUAGCAGACAAAAUGAGAAGGGCUCUCCUCAGAGCCGUAAAAGGUUGGAUAUGACAACAGCUGAGCUCCAGAUCUUGGCAGAUGAAGUGAAACAAGAGUGGAAAGCAUGGGAUCAAUGGAGGCCCGAGGGAGGCUGUCUUUGCCCCACUGGGGCAAACGAUGUGUGGAGAGAUGGGAUAUCUUCACCCCUGCCCCUGAUUAUAACCUGUAAAACAGAAGCAGAACUCCAAGAAGUGGAGAGGCUACGGGCGAGCGUGGCACUUCUGCAACAAGAGAUUCACUUGGAACAGGUACUGUGGGACUCUCUCUCUUCUCACCUUUCCUCCAUUGGACCCGGCUCUGGAUGUCCUAAACCGAGCAUGCUCAGAGACAUGUACUCAUUGCUGGGUGAAGGAGGGGAACGCUUCCCCGCCAUCGUCCUGGACUCAGAACCUGACUAAGGACGGAUGUAACCGAGUUCAUGAAGUUUAAAAAACGGAGUGAAAGCACAUUUUAUGAACGAAACGUUAAUUUGUGCCCAAUUAUUUUCAACAGAGGAAAGCUGAAGCACAAAUAUUUCUGUCUGUUAAUGUCAGCUGUGAUUUGCGUGAUAUUGUCUGGCCUUCCAAUCUGGACGCAGCCUUCUCUGGUCUGAUGUGAUCCUAAACGAUAAGCAUGUAAAGAUCUAGGAGAUUGAUGGAAAUCCAUAAACGUGAAUUAGAAAAUGCAGGUUUAGAAUUUAGAUUCGUGUGGGCUCUCUGGGUGAAAUCUUUAAAUAUAGUGUUAAAAUGUAUUUUUUUUGCAUUAAAUGUGGAAUGAGUGUGACCUCUGUGAUCCAACUGUUGUUUUCCAGAAAAUAUUAAAUGGUAAAUAUUUA